AUGGCAAGAUUGACUUUCGAGAAUCUACCUUCCCUUGUUUCCCUUGUUCUUUUCUUUCUGUUACAUUUUUCGCAUCAUGUUGCUUCAGACUCUACGGAUGAAGCAAAUGCUCUUCUCAAAUGGGCAGCCAGUCUUCAAAACCAGGAACAGUUCAACCUAUCUUCAUGGCCUCUACUUCCAACAAAUGCCACCAAUUCCGAACCAAAAACAAGCCCGUGCACUUGGCUUGGAAUUUAUUGCAACCGUGGAGAAAGGGUCUUUCGAUUAAACUUGACAAAUGCAGGUUUAAACGGUUUGCUUCACGACCUUUCUUUCUCAUCCUUUCCUGAUCUUGAGUUUAUUGAUUUCAGCUACAAUGGACUUUUUGGUACCAUCCCACUUGAAAUCACUCAGCUUUCCAAACUCAGAUAUCUUGAUUUAUCAAAUAAUCAGUUAUCAGGGAUAAUCCCGUCAGGGAUUGGCCUCCUAACAAAUCUUGAAAUCCUGCACUUAGCUGAAAAUCAAUUAAAUGGUUCAAUUCCUGAAGAAAUAGAAAUUGGAAACUUGACGUCUCUCAACUGGCUAAGCCUUUUUGGAAACAAUCUUUCUGGCCCAAUUCCAAAGUCACUAAGUGGUCUGUCAAGCCUCACCCUUCUUCAUCUUUACAGAAAUCAACUCUCCGGCUCCAUUCCUGAAGAGUUAGGAAACUUAAUGUCUAUUUCUGAUCUAGAAUUGGGUGAGAAUCAACUUAAUGGUCCUAUUCCUUCUUCCUUGGGUAAUUUGAUCAAGUUACAAUGGUUAAAUCUCAGUGCUAACCAACUUAGUGGUUCUAUUCCUGCUUCCAUGGGAAAUUUGAGCGAGUUACAAUAUUUAAAACUCGGUAGCAACCAACUUAGUGGUUCUAUUCCUGCUUCUUUGAGUAAUCUGAAGACCUUAGAAUUCUUAACAGUCUAUGACAACCACUUAACUGGCCCCAUUUCCUUGGACAAUAAUUUGAGAGGUCCAAUCCCAGAAAGCUUGAGAAAUUGCAUGAGCUUACUUAGUAUUUAUCUUGGUAGCAACCAACUUAGUGGUUCUAUUCCUGCUUCCAUGGGAAAUUUGAGCGAGUUACAAGUUUUAACACUCGAUAGAAACCAACUUAGUGGUUCUAUUCCUGCUUCCAUGGGAAAUUUGAGCGAGUUACAAGUUUUAACACUCGAUAGAAACCAACUUAGUGGUUCCAUUCCUGCUAGUUUGAGUAAUCUGAGGACCUUAGAAUUCUUAACAGUCUAUGACAACCACUUAACUGGCCCCAUUUCCUUGGGUAAUCUGAGCAACUUGUUGAUUUUGGAACUCUCUGGCAAUCGGUUUACUUCUUUUUUGCCUCAUAAUAAUUGCAUAAGCGAAUCACUUCAUGUUUUGGAUGCAACAGACAAUAAUUUGAGAAGUCCAAUCCCAGAAAGCUUGAGAAAUUGCACGAGCUUACUUAUUAUUUUUCUUGGUAGUAACCAACUCGACGGAAACCCAUUUGAGGACUUCGUCGUCAACUCAAAGUUACUAUUCAUGGAUCUAAGUCACAACAAAUUUUCUGGUCAGAUCUCAAGCAUUUGGAAAUGGAGGUCACAAAUAGAGGCCAUACUUGUUGCAGGAAACGAUAUUAUUGGCAUGAUACCACCUGAGAUUGGAAACUUUAAGCAACUACGUGAACUUGAUCUUUCUUCAAAUCAUAUAUCUGGGAAGAUUCCGAAUGAACUUGGAGAGUUAACGCCUCUGCUGAAGCUAGCUUUGAAUCAAAAUCAACUUUCUGGAGCUAUACCUUCAGAACUUGGAUCUCUGACCAAUCUUGAGUACAUGGACUUGUCCACAAACAAAUUGAGCGAGCCAAUUCCAGAAGAUAUUGGUGACUUGGUGAAACUACACUACUUGAAAUUGAGCCACAACAAGUUGAACAAAGCAAUUCCAAAGCAGCUGGGUGAGUUGGUUCAACUCUCGCAGCUAGAUUUGGGUCAUAACUUGCUGAUAGGAAAUAUUCCUAUAGAUUUCGCGAAACUUGAGAGCUUGGAGGAACUGAUUAUCUCUCAUAAUAAUCUCUCUGGUUUCAUCCCCAAAGCUUUUGAAGAAAUGCAUGGUUUGUGGAAUAUCGAUAUAUCCUACAACCACUUUCAGGGUCCAAUUCCCAAUAGCAAAGCUUUUCAACAUGCUUCUAUAGAAGCUCUGCGUGGUAACAAAGGAUUGUGCGGCAAUUUUAGUGGCUUGGACCCUUGCUCGGGGCAAAAACAAGUCUCGAAGAAGGGCACUAAAAUUAUGCUGAUAAUUUUACUCCCUGUUUCAGUAACAGGUGCUCUUUUAUGUAUGUUGGUUGUUCUGUUCUUCAGGUUCCAAGCAAGGAAGAGAGGUUCAAAGAGAGAAGUUGAAAUGAAUAGUGAAGGGUUGCUUGCCACAUCAAUUUUUGAUGGAAAAACAUUGUACAAGGAAAUCAUACAAGCAACCAAGAAUUUUCAUGAUAUGCACUGCAUUGGGGAGGGUGGAUUUGGAAAGGUCUAUAAAGCUGAGUUACCAUCCGGAAAUACUUUAGCUGUGAAGAAAUUCCAUUCACUGAAUCAAGGUGAGACAGCAGAUCAGAAAGAGUUUCUGAAUGAGAUAAGAGCAUUAACAGAGAUAAGACAUCGAAAUAUCGUGAAGUUCUACGGCUUUUGCUCGCAUCUAAGACACUCGUUUUUUGUCUAUGAGUACCUGCAAGAUGGGCAAUCUGGACACUGUGCUAAAGACAUAUCAAGCAAGAAUGUUCUGCUGGAUUCAGAAUUUGAAGCUCAUGUUUCAGACUUCGGCAUAGCCAAGCUUCUGAACCUAGACUCUUCCAAUCAGUCUAUGCUAGCAAGCACAUAUGGAUAUAUAGCACCAGAGCUUGCCUACACAAUGAAGGUGAAUGCGAUGUCUAUAGCUUUGGAGUGUUGGCGUUGGAAAUCAUCAAUGGAAAGCAUCCAAAGCCGUGACUGCCCUGUACUAUGCAAGCUGAAGCGCAAUUGCUGGGCAGCUGCUAUCUAA